AUGGGUCUGGCCAGUGAGGAACAGAAGUUGGAAAAAAUGCGCUUGUACUGGCCUGAGUUAGGCAGUAAACACGAGGAGCAGUGGGAUGAUUGCGCUCCUCCAGGCCCCGUUCGACAAUCUCGCGAGGCGCAAAAUGUUACACGACUAGAGGAUGUUCAAUCAGUAUACCAUCAGUAUAUAGAUGGCAUCAUGCCACCAACCUUGGUGACAGACGAAUGGCGGCAGAUGUUCUUGGAGGUUGUGGAGAGUGUUUGCGACGAGGCAGCAACUCAGGAUAAAGAAGACGAGCAUUUUCGCGUCCCUAUGUGCCAUGAACUAGGCCACUUCAUUAAAUAUGCCGACGGUGUCGAAGAUCCGGAUUUUCCCAACUCCGGUAUCUGUCCCUUCGAGCCAGCUUUUCCUAUUGGUGUCCCGGAAUAUGCAUUUCCAGAUCACCCAGCGGUGCUUGCACUACCUGCUCCCGAUGUUUCUGUCUCUCGGGAAUGGUUGAAAGAAUACCUACAAAGUUAUAUCCUCGACGAAAGUUUCAUCGAUGGCACUUUGGAUAGGGACCUAGAGGUCAAGGUUGGAUUUCAGACUGGCCUCGGCAGUCACCGAGAAUACGACACAUGGUAUAGUACCUAUCUCUAUUGCCGUCGAUCCGACGAUGAGAGUGACGAUGAAUCCCAUGACGAAACUCUCAAAGACUAG